UCCUCCCCCAGACCCUUUCCUUGGUGGACAAACUUCGUGUAAAGUGAGAGGGUGAGAGGUCCUCCGGAGACAAGACACAGCUGGGAGCAUCCUCUGUCUUCAACAUCUGUCACUUGGCACGGUGGAUCUCCUCUACUCCCCCUAUUGGACUUACCUGAGGAGGACACCGGCCAUAGGACAGCUCAGGACUAUGCCUCAUACCAGCCUCCGCUCCGAGCUCAUCACAGAGGGAGGCCGCACAGGACCGCUCAGCUCACUGCAUAUAGGUCAUGGUGGCCUAAAUCAACUAGGAGGAGCAUUUGUGAACGGGCGUCCCCUCCCAGAAGUGGUGAGGCAGCGCAUUGUGGACUUGGCGCACCAAGGCGUGCGUCCCUGCGACAUCUCGCGGCAGCUGAGGGUCAGUCAUGGAUGCGUCAGCAAGAUUUUGGGCAGUAGGUACUAUGAAACAGGCAGUAUCCGGCCAGGAGUCAUUGGUGGUUCAAAGCCCAAAGUUGCUACCCCUAAAGUGGUGGAGAAGAUCGGCGAUUAUAAGCGGCAAAACCCCACCAUGUUUGCCUGGGAGAUCCGUGACCGGCUGUUGGCGGAGGGAGUCUGUGACAAUGACACGGUGCCCAGCGUCAGCUCCAUCAACAGAAUAAUACGCACAAAAGUCCAGCAAUUAUUUAACUUACCCAUGGAGACCUGUGUGAAAUCCUUAAGUCCAGGACAAACUCUGAUUCCCAGUUCAGCUGUAACUCCUCCUCAGUCUCCCCAUUCGGACUCCCUUGGCUCUACAUACUCAAUCAGUGGAUUGCUGGGGAUAACACAGCCCAGCUCUAAUGGAAAACACAAACUGGAUGACAGUGAUCAGGACAGCUGCAGACUCAGCAUUGACUCUCAGGGUAGUGGUGGACUGAGCCGGAAACAUCUGCGGACAGAAGGUUACAUUCAGCACCCUUUAGAUGGGUUGGAGUGCCCCUUCCAGAGGCAACACUUUCCUGACUCCUACCCCUCGGCUAGUCACAGUAAAGCUGAGCAAGCUCUCUAUCCUCUGCCCCUCCUCAACAAUGCAAUGGAUGAUGGGAAAUCAGCAUUGGCCUCUUCUAACGCCACUCUCAGCAGGAACCUGUCUACACACCAGGGGUACUCCUCUCUCUCAGAGCUGUCAUCAUUCACCAUUAAACAAGAGCCAUCUGACAGUUCCAGCACAGGCUCCACCCCUACGUCAUUAUAUAGCCCCGCCUUUUUGGAUCUGCAGUCGAUCGGUUCGGCAGCUGCGGCCACGCCCUUCAGCGCAUUUUCUACCGCAACCUCUGUGUAUGGACAGUUCACAAGUCAGGCAGUUACAGGGCGUGAUGUUGUGGGGCCAACUCUGCCAGGGUAUCCACCACACAUACCCAGUGGUCAAGGAAACUAUGCUUCAUCUGCUAUUGCCGGAAUGGUUGCAGCAGGAAGUGAUUACUCUGGUAAUGCAUAUAGCCACGGGGCUUACGCUGCAUACGGAGACAGUUGGCGGUUCCCUGGUUCCAGCCUGCUAACUUCUCCCUACUACUACAGCUCUGCUGCAAGAACCGCGCCGACUCCGGCCACUGCUGGAGCCUACGACCUCCUGUAGCUUCCGCGGACGUCACAAAGAUAGCGCCUUCCCCCACAGCCGGGCCCAUGGGAAAGUGACCAAAAAUAUGUCUACAUGGAGGCACAGUGACAAUGUUACCAUGGACAAAUCUUCAGUCAUCCAUUAAUACUACUCCUGAGCAGAACAAACACUAAUAGAAAUCUGGGUGUCAAGAGUCACAGCAGGACCAGAGCCGGACCUUCCAAUGUUAAACAGUGUUAUCUGCUUUACUUAAAAUCCUCCACCACUACUGUGCUAAUAA